GUGGGGUUCAAAUUGCAUAAUAUAUGUAAUAUGUCUCAUUAGUCACAUAACUUACUAGCAAACAUGAAGAACAUGGAUUGGUAUUCUUGGUUAUCCAAGACUAGCCUUGAUCAAGAACUUAUCUAUGAGUAUGGUCUUGUUUUUAGUAGAAAUGAGCUUCAGAAGGAGGACUUGAUUUACUUCAAUCAUGAAUUCCUUCAAAGUAUGGGGAUUAUUGUAGCCAAACAUAGGCUAGAGAUUCUCAAAUUGGCUCGAAAGGAAGGCGGAGGCGGAAUCGGAGGAGGAGGAACAACCUCAUCAUCAAAUGGUCUUUCAAGACUUGUUUUGGCAAUCAACAAAGCCAAGAAGUUACUUGCCAAGAACUUGAGCAAGCUCAGUAUCCACCGAGCUUCGACUCGUCUAGCUCUCUCUGAGCUCAAACCUUAUCGAACACAAUGGACCGGAGCACUAAGGAAGCUCGAGAGCUCGAAGGAAGAGAAAGCCAUAGUCACAACAAGAAGCAUGAUAAUGAAGUCAGGACCACUAGACAGAAGAAUGCAAGACAAAUUUAUGGCCACCAACAGAAAUCUGAGUGCCUCAGGUCCUCUGGAUGGGAGAGUACUUCAAGAAAAGUUGAUGUACCCUAAUAGGAGUCCAAUGAAGUCUGGUCCAUUGGACAGAAGAUACAAAGACAGUGCUGUUUAUCCAAGCAGAAUCAAUAAAUCUGGACCAUUGGAUGCAAUGGGCUAUAGUAGCCCAAUACUUAAUCACUACAAUCAAGAAAUGAUACCAGCUGAUGAUGGGGCUAUCUACUCACAAUGGUCGUUAAUGUUUCAAGAUAUGAAGCCCACUUGACAACUCAUAUGAAGCUUCCAUCUUGUAAGACUUGCUGCAGAUUAAAGAAUCCUAGGAUAGUAUGUUUGUUU